AUGAUCACUCUGUCUGAAGGCCGUUCAAAGUUCAUCUCGAACGAGAAGUUUCAGGAGGUGCUGGAGUGGGUCAAAUCCGCUGGAGUGGACCGUCGCUCCGACCAGGAGAGCACCUCGUGCAUCCUUUUUCACCGGGGCUGGAGAGCGGACAAGUUGUACCUGCUGGAUGGCGCUGACGUGCACUGUCUCUCACACCUCAACAAGUCUGUGCGCAUGAGCGUACUGGAGAAGUCGGAGUGGGAGCGUGACCAGCACCGGCAGAAGCGCGAGCAAAUCAAGGAGCGCAUGAAAGAGAAGGAGAUGCGGUAUGUCCUCACCAAGUACAGUGGCGUCUUCAGUGCCUGCGUGGCCGUACUGGGUGUCGUGUCUGUGUUUGGUUGGAAUUUUAAAAAUUACAAAAAACAGCAGCGCUCCUAUCAGUUGGCCAUUGCGGCAAGUGCGCUCUCCCAACCGCACAGCAAACGGCCGAUAAGAGACUAUGUGCACCGCGAAGAUGAGGAGCAGCGCCUGCGCCAGACCCUAAGACAGCAGGAUCUUUCCCACCCGCGCAUUCUCGUCUUUGCUGGGUUUUAUGGCUGCGGAAAAAGCAUUCUGUUUCGCUCUGCGAUUCGCAAGGAAAAGAUGGCGGCUGUCUUUGUUGACAUUCGUCCAAACGAGGACCCUCUCCGCUCCAUCGUGAAAUCCUUGAACGUGCAGAAUAUCGACGCCUGUGGCGAUCUUCUCAACUUCAUUGGAGAGGCCUCGGAUCGCGCAAGGAAGGCAAUGCAUGGCGUCACCCCACUGUUCGUGCUCAAGAUUCGUGACGGCAGCUCGCUACUUCGCAUCUACAACGAAGUUGUGGCAUUGGCGUGCGAUCGACGACUCUGCCACGUCAUCAUCGAGGUGCCCAUUGAAUCUCUCACCAUCGCGAUGACGGCCCUUCCACGCCUCGACUUCCACCUCGUCCCCAACUUCUCCGUCUCGGAGGCCUUCCGCUACACACACCACCUAAUCGACCCGCUCGAGCUAACACACUUCGUUGAGGUGGUCGGGACAAACAGCAACGACCUCGAUGAACUCCUCGCCGCUGUCCGCCACGCACACAUGUCUGCCACUACAUACACCAACCAGAAGCUUGUCAAGGCCAUGAGGCAGCUACAGGCAGCGUGGGCAAAGGAUCCCUCCCUUCGCGAGGCAGUCAUAAAGUUGGCACGCUUUCCGUUUGAAGAAGGACAGAGCGAGGGAUACGACUACUCCAGCCUACGCAACGAGGCUCUUCGAGAAAUAGUCAUGUACAAUGCAGUUGCGGAUGUCUGGAUGUUCCAACAGAAGGUGUUUCACACAGCGGCUUGCUGUUGGCAGUAG